AUGACAACGACAAAAGCGACUGUUUGGGUACACAUUGAAAACUGUGAGGCUGAAAAAGUACGACUCGAAGAUGAGGUAGAUAUUGACGAUCUCAAAAAGAAGUUGCUUGAGAAAGAUGCUAAAAAAUACCGAGCAAUCUAUCGAAAUGUUGGAUUAAGAUCAGACACACCCAUACCUCUUGACACUACAUAUGAAGAACCAAUUUCUUUUCGCUUACAACAAGCAUCAGCUUCGUCCAUUACUUCGUCCAUUUCGGCAAAUAACAGUAUGGAUACCACUAUGCAGUCUCAACGUGAAACACAUGUAUCAUUGCAACCUAUACAUCAACAUCAUGAAGAGUCUAUCUGUUCGUCCCUACAAGUAAGUCAACCCGGUACCUAUGACUCACCUUAUGUCCAGUCACGUUCUCUUCAUCAGAGUUCUAAUGGUCUAAUCAAUACCCGUCAGCCACCAGUAACCGACUACUACGCUCAGCGAUUAUCAAACGCUCACAAUACUUUAUCAGAGCCGUAUGCACAUGAAUCGAAAUAUGCACAGCCAAAUAUUCACUUAAAUAAUGAUCAAAUAUAUUCUUCACUUCCAGCUUCUUCCACUGGUCAAUCUCCGUACUAUACACCUACGGCCAUCAGAAUGCCCAGUAUCGUAAGUCGAUAA